AUGGCAAACACAAGCGAGUUUGGGGAGGGCAGCCCGUCCUUACAGAACUAUGCGUCCGCGGCCUCUGCGGUCAAGCUGGUCUCCCUGGGUCUGAUCAUGGGCAUCAGCCUGCUGGGAAACGCGUCGCUGUCGCUGCUGCUGCUCAAGGACGGCUCGCUGCACAAGGCUCCCUACUACUUCCUCCUGGACCUGUGCCUGGCGGACGUGGUGCGCUCCGCAGUGUGUUUCCCCUUCGUGAUGGCAUCGAUCAGCGGCGGCUCCGCGUGGCCGUACAGCGCGCUCAGCUGCAAGAUCGUCGCCUUCAUGUCGGUGCUCUUCUGCUUCCACGUCGCCUUCCUGCUCUUCUGCGUCAGCGUCACCCGGUACAUGGCGAUCGCCCACCACAGGUUUUACUACAAGCGCAUGAAUCUGUGUACGUGCGUGGCGGUCAUCUGCAUGGUGUGGACUCUCUCUGUGGCCAUGGCGUUCCCUCCUGUUUUCGACGUGGGCACCUAUAAAUUCAUCCGUGAGGAGGAGCAGUGCAUCUUUGAGCACCGCUACGUGAAGGCGAACGACACUCUGGGCUUCAUGCUGAUGCUGGCCGUCAUCGUGGGGACGACGCAUGUGGUUUACAUCAAGAUGCUGUGCUUCGUGUACGACCACCGCAAAAUGAAGCCGGCGCAGCUGGUACCUGCCAUCAGCCAGAACUGGACCUUCCACGGCCCCGGAGCCACCGGGCAGGCCGCCGCCAACUGGAUCGCCGGCUUCGGCCGCGGACCCACCCCGCCGACGCUGGUCGGGAUCAGGCAAGCAUUGUACCCCGGCAACAGGAGGCUGCUGGUGCUGGAUGAGUUCAAAAUGGAGAAACGGAUCGGGAAGAUGUACUACAUGAUUACACUGACCUUCCUCAUUCUGUGGGCUCCUUAUAUAAGCGCCUGCUACCUGAGAAUAUUUGUGCGGGGAGCUCCGGUCCCGCAGCUCUACCUGAGCGCUGCGGUGUGGAUGAGCUUCGCCCAGGCGGGAGCGAACCCCAUCAUCAGCUUCAUGUUCAACAAGGAGCUGCGGAUGCGCUUCAGAGCCUGUUUCCCCUGUUGCCUGGGAACACAGACACCCAUGGAGCCAUACUGUGUCAUCUGAACCACACACAGGCCCCCCCAAAAAAUACUGCCAAAGACACAUAACAUCUUAUUUCAGAAUGUACGCAGACUGGUCCCCAAAAAUGUGUUUGUACACGCACAGGGAUGAUGUGGAGGGUGAACCCACUUCUGUUCAAUUUAUCCGCAUUUUAGUUGUGAGAAAGAUUAUAUUCACUGUUUAAAUCUGACAAAAACUUGAAUAUGAUGUAAAAUAAUUCUAUAUUUUGCUCAUCAGAAUCAUUCGUUUAUUAUGAAGCAUAAUAUGGGACUGAAGCAUAAUGAGAUGUUUUUGUCAGCCUCAUCAACUGGGCAUCAUGGUUAAACCACUUUUUAAUUUUUAAUGCAGGUGACAUUAAUUUCAAAUAUAGGGUAUAGCCUCAAUGACAAUAGGGGAGAAUGGGGUCGGUUGGGACAUGUUUGUGUCAACAUGCAAUAACAACACAUUCUCAUCCAAACACAUCAAAUAUCGUCACUUGGUCAGUGCAAUUCAAGUCUACAUAUUACAUGCUAGGUCUUGUGUUUGUUGUUGACAUUCCAGAGCAAUGUGUCA